AUGUCGAUUUUUGAAAAAUACAUAGUGGCUGCGGAUGAAUUAAUCAGCUUUGAGGUUAUGCUUAAAGCUGAAGAUUUUUCUAGUUACACGGACGAUGCUUUUGAUUUUGAAAGAUCAGAAUUAGAUAAAUCAUGGGAAAAUUAUAAAAGCAUUUAUAGUGAUUGUUCUGAUGUCACAAUAGAAAAAAAGAAAGAAUUGUUAAUGGUACAAACAAAGCAUCCGCAGGUCCGCAAGACAUAUAUAAGAUGUAUUAACAUUAUUUCCAAAGCAAAAGCAAACUUAGGUAAAAAAACUGAAGAAAAUGUAGAAUCAGCAAUUCCCAAUCUUUGUGGUUCCAUAUCCGUACCUCCUUGUGAUACUGGUGUUUUUCAUUGGGAUUACGUUUCGUGGCCCACAUUUAGGGAUAUGUUUACUGCGAUUUACAUAAACAAUACAAGACUUAGCCCUGUAGAAAAGUUAUUUUACUUGUUUAGAAAAACUGAUGGUGAGGCAAGGGAUAUAAAUAGAAAUGUUGCCCUGACAGCAGAAAAUUUUGAGAUAGCUUGGAAUAAUUUGAAAAUUCAGUAUGAAAAUAAACGGGUUUUGAUUAAUAGUCAAUUGAAGUUGCUCUUUAAUUUAGCUCCUUGUCAACAAGAAUCGGCUAGUGAAAUUAAAAGACUUCAAAGGGAGAUCAAUAAUUGUAUGGCUAUCCUUAAGUUAUACAAUGUAGAUAUUAAUUCAUGGGACCCUAUUUUUGUAUUCCAAUGCUCAUCCCGUCUCUCAGAAUGUUCACUUAAUCUGUGGGAACAAUCGUUCAAGAACAAAACAGAGGUUCCCAAAUGGGAAGAAUUAAAUAAUUUUCUCACCGAUAGAUUUCAUGCCCUUGAAAGUGUAUCAGAUAUCAUAGCUAUAAACAAUUCAAAUCCCAGUGGUUCCCAAUCGGCACUUAAUAGUAACAAUAACCAUACAUCAACUAAAGUAAAACAAUUUAAGGCCCAUAAUACUAAAGUUGAAACCAUUUUUUGCAAAUUAUGCAAAGAAAACCAUAAAAUCAGCUCCUGUACCAGAUUUUUGAAUAUGGAUUAUAGAAAUCGUGUUUCAACUUUGAAAAAAUUUCGUUAUUGUUUUAAUUGCCUCAACAUUGGACAUAUGUAUGGUGAUUGUAGUAGCACAAACGGUUGCUCCAAGUGCAAAAGGAAGCACCAUACUUUAAUGCAUAGGGAUUUUGUAAAUAAAAACAAUAAUAGCCAAAAUCAAGGAAAUACUAGAUUUCAGGGCGAAAGUCAAAAUAGUUCUGUCCAACAAAUACAGUCCACAAAUACAAAUCAAUUACAGUCCACUAAUAUCGCAGGUCCGUCUGGUGUUGUUCAGUCACAUCACACAUCAGUAGCUAAGAAAGUGAUGUUGGCUACAGCUUGGGUCAAUAUAAUUAGUUGUGGUUCCUAUUACAAAGUUCGAGCACUCAUAGAUCCUUGUUCGGAUGAAAGUUUUGUUUCUCAGAGAAUACAAACUGUAUUGAAGUUGCCCAAUAAGCCAGUUUCCGCAGAAAUUACUGGUUUAGGAGGAGAAUUAUUCCGUGUAACAGGAAAUGUACCUACACAUACAUUUAAGCCUCCAAAGAAUAUAGAUUUGCCCAAUCUGAAUUAUGCUGACCCCAAGUUUUAUGAAAGCAGUGAAAUAGACUUAUUGUUAGGAGGUGAUUUGUAUCCCCUAAUUCUUCGUGAUGGAGUUCAACAUGGAAUUUUCGAAUCUUUAGUGGCCCAAGAGACAAUUUUUGGCUGGAUUGUCACAGGCCCAACUCCAAGUAAUGAUUCCUCACGUUUUUCAAUAACCAAUUAUAUGACAAAAGUUUCCAUUGACGAUCAGUUAACAAAGUUUUGGGAGUUAGAAGAAGUUUCUCGUAGAAAGAUUUUAUCAGAAGAGGAUAAAAAAUGUGAAGAGAUCUAUCUUUCUACUUCCACAAGAAAUUCUGAAGGAAGAUAUAUAGUUUGUUUGCCCUUUAAAGAUACUUUUUCGUCACUUGGCCCAAAUCGUCAUAUUGCUCUCAGUCAAUAUUUAAGAAAUGAAAAGGUUUUAAUGCGAAAUCCUGAAUUUAAGGCUCAAUAUGAUGAGGUUUUAAAAGAAUACAUAGCUUUGGGACACAUGGAGAAAAUUGAAAAUUCAGAAAGUAGUCCGAGUUAUUAUUUACCUCACCAUGGAGUUUUUAAGCCUGACAGUACCACCACAAAGUUAAGAAUUGUUUUUAAUGCUUCAAGCUCGUCUUCUAAUGGUAACAGUCUUAACGAUUUGCUGUUUGUAGGCCCUAUAUUGCAAGCUGAUUUAGUAGCCCUAAUUCUAAAAUGGCGACUCUUUCAGUUUGUCUUUAAUGCAGAUAUAUCCAAAAUGUAUCGACAAAUUUUAUUAAAAUCUGAACAUAGACAGUAUCAGAAGAUAGUUUUUCGUAGUCCUAGUGAAACCCAAAUCGAAGAUUAUCAGUUGAACACCGUCACUUUGGCGUUAAUUGUGCCCCCUUUUUGGCCCUUAGAACGCUUUUACAGUUAG